GGCCGGGCCGGCGGAGGAGGUCGGGCCGCGCCGCGCAGCGCGCUAUGAUCGGCACCGUGCUCUGCUACGUGCUGCUGCCGGCGGUGCGGCUCCUCCGGGCCCUGCGAGAUGCUUUCUUUACCUGUCGAAAGAAUGUGCUUCUGGCGAAGAGCACGUCCACCCAGAUAGAAGGCAUCUUUGCUGCAACCAGAGGAAAGUUGGUCCAAGAAGAGCAAGAAGCCCUGCUCCAGCAGUGGCUGGAGGAAGGAGCAGGGAGUUCAUCAGCCAGUGAGAGUGCUCCAGUAGUGGGAAACGUAUCGGCUGCAUCCACCAGCACCUGGUUAGAAGGUUCAGAGCUAUUGAUGAGUAGCCUUAGCGACCUGAAUUCAGCUCCAGAAGUCGUAUGGUGUGCCAGUCAGCAGCUCACGGAGCUAUGUGCCUUGACUUCUUCAGAACCGCAAGAUCAUGCAGAGACUAAACUGGAAAAAUUACCAGCAGAGGAAACAGUGGCUGUAGUAGGCAGUGCACCUUGGGCAGCUCUGGUGCCACAAACAGAUCACCAGAUAGCUGGCUGUGCCACUAUCAGUGUGGAAGGGCUGAAUGAAGACCCAGCGGUGUUGGCGUGGAGUUUAGCAGGUGGCACAGAGAUGGUGCCAACAGAGCCCCCCGCUUGGCCCGCUCAGGAUGCCGUGCAAUUUUGUCCUCUCCCAGCGGAAGUACCCUACCAUGAGAUUUUAUGGAGAGACUGGGAGGAUCUUUCUGUCCAGCCUUGUGAGCUAGAACUGGGCUCAAAAAAAAAUCCUCUCUUUGAAUUUCGUGUCAUGUCUUACAACAUCCUUGCCCAGGACCUGGUGGAACAGGGCCAUGCUCUUUACGUACACUGUCAUCCAGACAUCCUGAACUGGGACUACCGCCUUCCAAAUAUUUUGCAGGAGAUCCAACAUUGGGAUCCUGAUGUUCUGUGUCUGCAGGAGGUGCAAGAGAACCAUUACAGGGAGCAGCUAGAACCGACGUUUGUGAAGAUGGGCUUUGCUUGCUUCUAUAAACGGAGGACUGGGAGAAAGACUGAUGGCUGCGCAGUGUGCUAUAAGCAAAGCAGAUUCCAGCUAAUCACCGUCAGCCCCAUCGAGUAUUUCCGGCCUGGCAUAGAUGUCCUCAAUCGGGAUAAUGUGGGUUUGGUGCUUCUGCUGCAGCCCCUGCUCCCAGAGGGUCUUGAUCUGAAGGCAGUCAGUCCUUUGUGCGUUGCCAACACACACUUGUUGUUCAAUCCCCGGCGGGGAGAUAUUAAACUUGCCCAGAUGGCCUUGCUCCUAGCAGAGAUUGACAAGAUUGCAAAAACUGCUGAAGGUCAGUACUAUCCUGUCAUCCUGUGUGGCGACCUGAACUCUGUACCUGACUCUCCGCUGUACAAAUUCAUCCGGAAUGGUCAACUUUCCUACCAGGGAAUGCCAGCCUGGAAGGUGUCUGGUCAGGAAGACCUCUCCCAACAGCUGCAUUCUCGGAAACUGCUGUCCCCGCUGUGGCCAAGCUCACUGGGUGUAACAGACAACUGCCAAUAUGUUACUGUGUGCCAGCCAAAGAAACAGGGCAGACGUAAGUACAGUCGAGACUUCCUGCUCCAGUUCCACUUUUGUGAUGUUGCCUGUGAACGACCACCAGAGCUGGUCUUCUUGGAAGGUGUGACAGAUGCUAAACCAGACCCCCCUCCAUACUGGCCCAAGAACACUGCUCCAGUGAAUGACCCUGAUCUCCAGAUGCUCAUCCCAAGGUCUGCAGGUGUUAUCCAGCACGGCCUCAACCUGACCUCUGUCUACAGCCAUUUCCUGCCACAGAGGGGUCGCCUGGAGGUCACAACCAUGCCCAUGGGGCUUGGUGCCACUGUUGAUUAUAUCUUCUACUCAGCAGAGCCUGUGAUGAAUGGAAACAGAGGGGGUCGCAGGCUGUACCGAGAUGGAGUCCUAAAGCUGCUUGGCCGCCUUUCUCUUCUCUCUGAAGACAUCCUGUUGCUGGCAAAUGGCUUACCAAAUCCGUUUUGUUCAUCUGAUCAUCUGUGCCUGCUGGCUAGUUUUGGCUUGGAGAUCUCCAGCCUCGGAGAGGGUUAGUGUUGGUUCCCCUUUGCCUAAAGAAAAUAUAUUCUGAAUAUAGCUGUUUGAGACUCUGGAUUUACAACCAGCUUGCAAGAAAACUCUUUUAUUUGACAUACCCGAAUAGUCCCUUUCUGCUCUCACGCCCUCACAAAAAUAGGGAUGAGUCAGUUGGAGCCCUGUCUGUUGGUAUUUUGUGGGUCUCUGCAAAUCUGUGUUUCUGCACAGUUGUGUUCAGGCAUUAUCAUCUCCUAAAGGGAUCCUUGUUCCACAGCUUAAUUUAGCAGAUAUUUUAGUGCUGCAGGAACCAACCUUGCUCCCAUGUUUGUCCCUUGGUAAGGUCUUCAAGGACCUGGGAAAUACAGAUGGAUUACUGUCUGCUUCUGGCUACCAAAGAGCAGGGCAUAUGUACACCAAUAUUCUUUCACACCAAAACAAUGUUUCUUUUAAUUUCUGAAUGAUAGGUUAUGAAGCAUGGUCUUUAGGAAUGUGCUGCUUUUGAGAGUGGAUCUGCUAACUGCUUAGAAAUAGGUUUUUCUUAAUAAUGGUAAGGGCUGUAUUGCUGGCAGAAGAGCUUGUAUAGUUGAUUGGUUUCAAUAAGAUCAUCCCAGUGAAUAUCAGGUGAAGAAAAUUGUCGGGUUAGGCAUGACAACUCCAGAGGCAGUAUCUCUGGAGGCUCUCAAAAGAGAGAUAAAAAUUGAAAAUGUGUUAGUGGAAGCAGAAACAUCAAAUGAGACAGUUGAAGGUAGUGUAAAUGCCUCUACCCUUCCUCUGUGUCUUCUCAAUUCCGUUUUACCUCUCAGGGGACAGAGAGCCGACUGGUAGCAGCCUGCUGGGCCAGGCUAUGGGCUUUCUGGAGCUAGCCAUGCUUAGGUAGGUAGGACCCAUUGGACUGGCUCUUGUCUCUGAACAGAUGCGGGGAGGGAGGGAGAGGCUGUUUUCUUGGAGGCAGGAUUGUCAGUCUGUUGGUGUCAUCUUAGUGUAGUUUUCUCAGCUUGUACAGUACAAAAAAACCCAACACUGUACCUGGUCCUGAGGCAGAUUACCUUGUUUAGGCUGAUUUAUGGUGCUCAGUUUUGCUAUGAGAGAGGAAAGCAAUAUGGGACAAACAUUUCUAACCUUCUGUUCACAAAUGAGGCACAGAAGUCUUGUCCUGCCUCAGGAUUUUUGAGAGGGUAUGAAAAGACUUGAAAUAUCAUUUGCUCUUUCUGUGUUAUACUGGGGGAUUUUCGUAUUUUAAAUGUUACUUUCUUUAUUGAAAAAUAAAUUUUUUCUAAUUUAAUGAAAAAUGCAAAGUAACUGCAACACCUUGUGCUUCUGGCAGCUGAACCCUUAGAGGAGUUGCUCAGCAAGGCUUUGCUAGCUAGGAUGUGAAAGAGGAGAAUGUGGAUUAGCUAUGCAAAAUAGAAGUAGUGAAGGAUAAAGGGCAGGGGUAAGUGUGUCUAGCUGUUGUCUCCCAUCAUAUCCUCACAUCCCAGAGGUCUGUUUGGCAUCAGAGUUUAUCUUGCAGAAUGGUUUCAGGAACCAUCCCCCUCUUUCCAAGAAAGCAAAUACCGUUGAUCCUUUACAGCUUAUUUCUGUGAACUGUACUAAAGACAUGGGCCACGCACUCUGUUCUGUUCCCAUAGAAUUCUUAAGAACUGUGCAUCCCCUUCUUGCCCCUGCUGCGUGAUUUGUAUUUGCCUGGUGAUGUGUGGAUAGCUUUUGCUACCCCAGCUUGGAUACUACGUGUAAGAGUCUGCAUAAGUGAACAGGAAUCUGGAGGUAAACAAGUCUGCAGCUUUGUUCACCCAGAAUUUCAGUUAAUGGUUCUGCUAUGGUGCUGGUGUUUGUAAUUGGUGAGGGAUGCUGAGCUGUGUAUUUCUGUGGAUGUUUUUUCUGAGGGUUGCUUUAAUUUCUUCAAGUACUCUAACUCUGAUUUUAUAAUUGGUUUUAUUUGUGCAGGGGGGAAAGAAGACAGAAAUCUGUGCAACUGAGAGCUUUAUUUUUCUGCCAGGCUGCUUGUAGGUUGCCAGAUAGCAGUGUGGUUGCAGAUAACUCCCACCAGCUGUUAACCUUGUAAAGGAAAACUUGAGACAUUGAAUGUUUAAAAACAACUGACCAAAAGCAAAACAAAAAACACUGUGACAGGUAGGGCUGUCACUUAACACUGUGACUGUUUGCUUUGGUCAUAACUGGCCCAGUCUGAUAGCCUGUUAGUGAUGGGUGUGUGUGUGUGUGUGUGUGUCAGUCAAAGUCCUCCUGACCCUCUGCUGCUUUCCACUCAGACCCACGAGCUGUGCAUGGUUCCCUGUCAGGUGAGCUGGUUGCCCAAGCACCUUGACACUUCUGUGAUGUAGCUGAGCGUCAACAUCACAAAUACUUCUGUUUCAUUCAAACCAAAGACUUGACUUUUCUUUUGGGUAACUUGCAUGGACACAUCUCUCAGGGAGGUUUUAAGUUCCAGCUGUUUUGCUGGAAAAUCGAUUUCACAGGUCGGUCUAACACUUUGUUUUUCAGUAUAUGUGAAAUUGUAUGGUAUGGACUUGGAAUACUUAAUUUACUAAACACUCUGGAUAUGGAGUCAAGUGCUUAGAAACCCUGGGACGAUGCCCACAAAUCUUCUCCUGCUUCUCUCUGAAGGUUUGAAGGCUACCCGCGUCCUGCAGCUCGCAAAGCCUUGGCUCACACAUUUUCUUGGGCAUUCAUAGAUUAAACUGUUUCAGAAAUACAGCUCUAAUAGUUGAUCGUUGUGGUUGUUUUGAUCACUGUUCCUAAAGCUCUGGUGUAGACUCCUAUAGACUUGACCUGUUUCAGGAAAGAAAAACUCCUGUUCUAGAGCAAUUCAAAGUUAACAUCAAAUGGAUCUGAAUGCCUCUUGAUGUUUGAAGCUGUAGGCAAAGUUUGUAGAUGGGAUAGAUAGAAAUAAUCCCUGCCACUAACACAGCAACUAUUAUAUAGUUGUAGGGGAAAACAAUGCAUUCUCUGAUGCUUUGAGAAUAUCACAUAGUGAUAUAAUAAAGGACUGUGGUAAUCAGCAACUUGUGAAGGGAAGCAGAAUUAAGAUUCCAGAUGUAGCUCUUAACACUGUUUCUUGACUGAAGCAUGUAACUAGUUGUCAUUUACAUAGUUUUCUAUACGGAGAAGCCUGUAAAUGGUUAUGAAAAUGGAACAGGAAUAUCUGCAAUAGCCAGAAGAAGGAAGUGAACUACCUAUGUCAUUUUUGUGGUAGUGUUGUAGAGCUCAGGGAGGUUGGUACUUAUGGAAAGGGGUGCCAGAGAUCACUGGCAGCGUGUAAAUAUCCUGUUAUGUCCUAAAGUGCAGGAACAUGUAGCUGUAGAGGCAGGCACAGAUUUAACAACAGCUUAGACUGCACUACAGCUGCUAGGCCUUAUUUAAUUAUGUCAUUUAGAUAAAAAUUGGACUGACUUCUCUUUCUUGGUCUUAAGUUUAUCACUUUAGGAAGAUGCGCUUUGUGAUCAGUUCUUCCAAAAUAUAUAGGAUAGGAGAGGUAAAUAGUAUAAUUUCUCUAAUUUCUGUCUUUUUGUCAGAAAAUGAACCUUGGCUCCUGCUUGAGGUCUUCUUUUUCUGUGUCUUUUUCUUAUGAGGUAUCUUUCCAACAGCUGUUUUCCCAUGACAUUGGAUGUAAGAUCCAAUUAUCUUUGAAAGUUACUGAUGUUUAUUUUUCUUCAGCUGUAUUUUUUUCCCUUACAAGCUAUGGGAGAAUUAUUUUGGACUAAGUUAUAUUGAAUACUCAGUAUUUUAAUAGUGUCAAGCUGUAAGUGGUUUCCUCACCCUUUAUAUGAAGAGUUUAGUGGAAGGAGUGGGAGCUCUGAAGCCAACACUUAGAUGGGAGUAACUCUUGUUCUAAAAACAAAAAAAUUCAAGAUUUACUGUUAGUGCCCUGUAUGCACCCUUCUUUGUAAGGCACGGAAAAACAUGGCCUUCAUUCCUUUCCUUUAAAGUGUCUUUUAGAGGACCUCAGAAAAUUUGAGCAUCUUGGAGAUCAAGGCAUGCUUUGUGCUCCUACUGAUUUUGAGUUUUGUUCUUAGCACCUUGCAGAUCAGGGCUCUGCUAGAGUGCAAUUUUUCCUCCCAGUUUUUACCACCUUACUAAUGAAUGUUUGCUGUAUGUACUGUUAGGACUUUGCAGACAGCCAGCAUUCAUCCAAAUACUGGCACUUUCAUUAGGCUUCCUAUUGUGCAAGUUAAUUGAAUUGCUGUGCGUACCUGACUGUAGCUGCCUGGGUUGUAGUGUUUUUCAUUGCUCUGUCACUGAGAUGCAAAAGGUGGAUGCUCGCUGCCAUUGACAGUACUGCACGAUGUAUCAAAGUCUGAUAGUGAGUUUCUGUAGAGAACUCACCUGCUAUAACAGUAACAGACACCUGACUGACCAGCUGGCAUUUUUCAAGUUCCUUGCUUUUGUCAGUUGCACGAGCUUGGCUUCUGCUAGCAUCAGCUUUCUGCCGCUUUCCACUGAAAAUAUCUUUCUAGUCUUGAAGGUCUUUUCUCUUUUAUUUGUUUACUUCAUAUCUAGCCUGCACAUUCCUGUGCUCUAAGGGAAUAGGAAUGCUGUAUAGUGGAGCUGGAAAAUUUUUCCUAACUGUGGUUAGACAAACACAGCAACUUUCAAGGUGCUGAGGUGGCAAUGAGCAAAAAACUGAACUAGAAGUUGGCAUGCACUAGAACAAAAGAUGCAUUUGUUCCAUCCAGUCUUUCCUUUUACACACAAAAAAGACUUAGCAUGAAGCCUUGUCGUUUUGGUUGUUUUUUUUUUUUUUUAAGUCUGCAUUGAUAGUCUGCUGCUUUCUCCAGCAGUCUUAAUUUUAUUCACUUACUGACCACUUUCAGCAACUGCUCCUGAACUGGGAAUUGAAUGCAGCCCACCACCACCACAAAACAAACAAACAAAACAAAACCAACCAACCAACAAACAAAAAACAAAAAAAAACACCAAUGUCAACAGUUUAUUGGAAUUAAGAUGAAAGUCACUGGCAAAAUGGCCAGUGCUUUUUGGUGGUGGUGUUUUAUUAUUUUUAAUUAGUGCUUUUAGCUGCUUUUCCCAACGAAGGUUUUUCACUGAUGUCCAAGUAGUAUAAUCUCUAAUUUGAAAACCUAGAAUUACAGGAACUAAGAUAAUAAUCUUAUCAGGGGAUACCCUGAUAAAAGAGUUAGCAGCAAGUGUCAAAAGCAUCUCAAGUAGAGGUUUAUAGAAGUUGCAGUGCUUAAUUAAUUUUUGCUAUUAUUAAAUACCUAAAGAUCAAUAACAGAGCAUGGAGCAAGAACCUUUCUGCUGCUGCUGAAGUCUGUCAUCUUCUGGGCACAGACACAGACCAUAAAGUCUUAUGAUGUGCUUACUUUCUCUUGUCUGUUCACACCACCUAUGAGGUACUAUGCAAUUACUUCCCCUUGAGACAGAAAUUGUUUGUAUAAUUAACUUAGCUGAGAAAGACUACUGUACGUGCCAUGCUUUGGAGUGACAGGGUAGGGGAUGUUUAUUGCUUUCUUCUGCAGUUGCAUAUACUGUAAGCUUACUUGCCUACAUCUUUAUUACUCAUUUCCCCCGAGAAGGGGUAUGAUACGCCUGAAAGAUGAUAGCCUGAAUAAAGUUGGAUCCCACUUGCUGGGGAAAUGUACUGAAUGUUGCAGCUGACUGUCCUUUAUUAACCCAGAAUUUGUCUGAGAAGCCCUGGUGAGGUCAUUAGUCUGGAAGGCCUCUGAACUACAGUGCUUAAACAGAAUUGCUUUUCUGGCCAGGAAGGGAAGCUUGAUCAUAUGUUGAAGAGUAAAAUAGAGCAAGCAGAGGCUUGUGUUAACUCUUAGAAUAUUGACUCAAGUCUAAAAUUUCUCCUGCCUCAUCCACUAACUUUAUUUGUGCAGCUUUGCAGAUGGCAGCUUAGAAGAAAAAUACGAGUUUAAGCCUUUGCCACACAGCCAUAGAAAAACUUCUUACUGUCUGGCAGCUGCCUUUGUGUACAAACAUACUUACCCUUCAGAUGCUUGAUGAAGAGUGAAGGUCCUUCUAUGUCUUUUUUCCAUGAUAUUGCAAAAGUGUAGGAUAUCUAUACAUAAUUUGUCUGAUACCAUCACUCAAUGUUGUGGUUUUGACUUCUCAACAAACUGACAAAGGGGAAGUUUAAAUCAGAAAAAAAGACAGCACAAACAUCGUGUUAUCUCUGCACAACUGAGAGCAGUACAGAGGCAGUUUUAUUGUCUAAGUGUCAAAGGAAGCAGGAAGAAUUAUCAACAUGAGGGCUAUGGGAAGUGCAGUAAGAACUAACUCUAAAUAAGAGUUCUGUGCUGGCUACAUAAAGACACAGAACUACACCAAUUAAUUACAAAAAGACACACAUGAUAUGAUUCUUAAAGAAAGAAACCUUCCAUUUUUUAAUUAGUUCUGAGCUGUACCAGUGAUAGAGAUGUAAAUGGUUUUGGAACACCCUAUCCUAUGCUAGAGUGGAACAAUGAUGUGCAUGGAAGGGGACCACUGUGGCCCCACUAGCACCAUCUCAACCCUGACCUGGAGGGAGACUCUGCUCUGCAGAGAUCUUGGGGGAUUCAGUCGCCUUCUUGGCCUAAUUGAAUUGCUUUUGAGCAGACAGGGCCAGGGCACCACUGAAGGAGAGUGCUUGUGAUACAAGUAAACACCUGCUUGGAAAACAGACAAAAAAUAUUAAAUUCCCUUAGGAGUUCAGCUUAGCUGUAGAGGAACCAUCUCCACCUUGCUCUGGCAAAGCAAAAACCAAGCUAGGAUACAACUUGCUUCCAUAGGUUCAGUUAUUAACUCCAUAAUACAGGUCUUACUGUUAAUAGGACAACAGUGCAAGACAACUAGAAUACAUGGUAUUAUUUCAGCCAGACUUGCACAGUACACAUGGGGCACAGGCCCAUCCUGCUUAUAUUUAGUGCCUGAUUAUCAGGACCCCACUUGAAAUACUUAACUUAGAAGAAGCAAGUGGUUAAAGCAACCAGCCUCCUAAAGCAAUUUUUCAGAACCACUUGAGCAGGGUAAAGCGCAUCUGAUUCAGACCUGCCUUUUGGCAACAGUAGGAUUCUUCUGUUAGUUAUGGUUUCUUAAACUGCAGUUUUAAGGACAGUUAUGUUUCAGUCUGUACAACAUCAUGUGAGCCCACCUUAAGGGAUAGGCACCUGAUUAAGGCUUCCACCUGAAAUACUUAAAAAAUAAUUAAAAAACCCCCCACGUUAAACAUCUGAUAACAGCAACACACUAUUGUAUGGUCACAGACUAUGUUCCAACCACAGUUCUGGAGUCAUUUAUUCUGGUAGGCAUCCAAGCAUACUUUGUACUGACCCACACAGUGGCACACAGGUAAAAUACUCAUAGUCAACUGAAUAAAAGCACUCCACUUCCAGCUAAAACACUUGCUAAUAUAUCUUAAGUUUCUGAAGACUUGUUUAGCUUUUCACAUUUUAAAAGUUAAAAAAAACAAACAAACAACAACAACAAAAAAAAAAAAA